CACACACACACACACACACACACACACACACACACACACACACACACACACAGAGUGCCGUCCUUUGUGGUCAAACGUGCCAAAUGUCAGCUGUCUCCUAAUCAAAAACACAGCCUGCCAUCCACACACAGUAUCUCUCCCUCUCUCUCUGUCACACACUCCCCCCCCCUUCCCUUAUCUAAUUACAGCUGGACCCUAUCCCGUCCUGUGACGUCCUCUCUCCUCAUGCUGCUCCAGCGAAACGCCUUCUCGGGGCUGAGCGACCAUAACUAUUUACCACUUUAGCCCCCUUCCUUGCCUUGCCUUUCCCUGACCAGCUCAGUUGCCUGCGUCUCGUCCCGUGACCCUAGUCAGUGCACUUCUGCAUUCUGAUGCAAUGGAAGGCUAGGCAUGCAAGCACAUGGGGCCAGCUGUUUACAUGUAAACAUACAAACAUGCCUGGAUGGGUAUGGGCGGGUAGGAGAACAGAGACUGAUGGUAGAGGGAAAUCCGAGGCUUUUUGGUAGGUAUACAGUGUAAUUAUCCUGUGUAUUUGCUGUGGAUAGAGAUUAAGUGGUUAAAUCAUGCAAGUACCAACAAAUGUCUACCGUGAGCAAGUGUCUAGUCAAGCCUACCUUUAACCUACACUGGGAUUUUAUGCCAACUUGGAUGACGCACCCCAGUCACAUACAUUGAAAUGCAUGAUUCACAUGUAGGCGGCCUAUUCAUUAUAGCCUCACAUGGUAAUUAAGCUGUCAGAAUAAGUUACACAGACAUACAAUAGUUGAUGAUGAGCGGCUUACCUCUUAAACCACGGAUGAAGAGGAUGCCUCAAAUUUCCAAUGUUCUCUGGUGGCUUUCGGUGCUUGUCUACAGUACUUUUGGAAAACCAAGUCAAGAAACUGCAGCAAAUACAGUAGGGCCAGGGAUGGAUUCCCAUGAUUCCUUGCCCCUCUGGACCAGACAACAAGAAAGGGCCCCCUCCAUGGGUGUUGCUACUAGUCGAUGAAAAAGAUUUUAGGGUUUCAGGCCAGAUGGUAGAGAGUCCUGCACCUGUUCGUCCCCCUCGGGGCGCCAAACUGCAACCUCGUCAACUACAUUGGUUCGGAAAUGGGAGGCACAACACGAUAGCCUACCGCUGGACUAAAGGACCAGUCCCUAACUGCAUCGACACUGUAUGAGGCUUUUCGGGAAGGAGGUUUACUAACGUUCCACGCCAACUCUGCUAGUUAGCCCUCGUUACGCCUGCAGUGUAGGGGCCUCCUGAUUGGCCAAAACUCAAAAAUUGCAGAAUUGUGACAAGAUGCAAUAUUGAAAAAUUAAUCUGUAAUGCAGAGUACAGUUUUAAAUCCUGUUAAUACUCCUCUCCACAGCUGGCAGACACGUUAUCCUUAAUUCCUAUUUUGAAAUUAUGACACUGUCUAUGUAAUUCCGUCAAGAAAUUUGUCUCCACAGGGGCCCACAACGACCUGUAGCCUAGGGCCACCCGCCCCGGGCCUUCUUACUUAAUUGAGGCCUUAGUAUGUCCCCUGAAAAAAUGUGAAAAUAUAUAGUUGUUUAGAAAUGUGAUGGUGAACGGAAUAUGAAAAAGGACAUGCAGCAUAGAGGGCCUCAGGGUUUCAGGGCCUCCUUGACUCUUGGGCCCCUGGGCCAGGGCCCGGUUGGCCCAUGCAGUAAUUUGUCUUUGAGUCAGCCUACCUACUGCUGCAGCACAGCACAUCUCAAAUAUAUAACUGGCCAUGGACUUUGUCACCAGCGGCUAUACUCUGCCACCUGGCGGCAUACAAAUGCAAGUAACUUCUCAACUGAUGAAGCAACAGCAUUUUGCACCUGCGCAAUGAGUUAGCAUGCGCUGCCCACUUCCAACGUAUAUGUUGGGCCUGCGUGACGGCGAGAGAGCACCGUAUCAGAUUUUCUGAGGUAGAACUAGUUGUCGCAAUGUUACACUGUAAUUUCUACCAUUAACCAUUGUAUCAUGCAUUGCAUUCAGCUUAAUACAAUGUUCCGUCUCAGCGCUGCUAUGGUCAAGGUCGAGACAAUGCGAGCUACAAUGUUUCAAGCAGAAUGGUUUCGGAGUAGCCAAUGGUGGAAUGCGAGUUGUGAAGUUGAAGUUGAGUAAUAUGUUACAUUGUAACUGAACUACUCAUUAACCAGUCACCGAUUUUCUUCUGGCAACUGGACUUUAUUCUAAGGCCUAACCACUAACGGAAGCAGGUGAUUUAGGAAUUGGCAAACUUCCAGUUAUUCACAAGUUAUUUUUUUAAGACAGAAAUAUAGACACGCCAUUACAGGUAUUGAAUAUGACGUCGUUACUUCUUAUUAUGCUAUGGAUUUCUUUGCCAUUCGCUCGUGCAUCAGAGUCUGCUUCCUACGUCGCCGCUGUGUACGAGCACCUGGUGGUGCUGAAUCCGAACCCUGGCGCCACUAUUACCAGGCGCGAGGUACUGGAGCACAUGCAGAAGAAUCUGGAAGUAUUUGAGGAGCAAGCUGCACGAGCAGCCCAGCAGGGUGCACAGAUCUUAGUGUUUCCAGAAGAUGCAAUCCAAGGCUUCAACUUCACCCGAUCAUCCAUAAGACCUUACCUGGAAGAGGUGCCAGACCCUGCAGCAGUGGCAUGGAAUCCCUGCUCUGAACCAGCUCGCUUCCGUGACACAGAGGUGCUUCAGCGCCUCAGCUGCAUGGCCCAGAAGAAUCGCCUCUACCUGGUGGCCAACAUGGCCGGCCUUCAGCUGUGUGACGCAAUCACGGACGACCGCUGCCCGCCAGAUGGCCGCUACCAGUUCAACACGGAUGUGGCGUUCUCCUGGGACGGCGGCCUGGUGGCCCGCUACCGCAAGCAGAACCUCUAUUUCGAGGCCGCCUUCGACACGCCCCCGCGCAUGGAGCACGCCGUCUUCUCCACGCCCUUCGCCGGCCGCUUCGGCAUGCUCACCUGCUUCGACAUCCUGUUCCGGGAGCCCACCAUGGGCCUGGUGGAGAAGCUGGGCGUGCGGCAGCUGGUCUACCCCACCGCCUGGAUGAACCAGCUCCCCCUGCUGGCCGCCGUGCAGAUCCAGCGCUCCUUCUCCUACGGGGCCGCGGUCACCGUGCUGGCUGCCAACGUGCGCGCGCCCGGGCUCGGCAUGACGGGCAGUGGCAUCUUCACCCCCUGGCACGAGGUGCACCAGCAUGACAUGGUGGGCGCGACGGGGCGCUUGCUGGUAAGCCGGGUGCCGGUGCUCGACCCCGCGAUGCUCGCACGUGCCACUGGGAAGACUGGCGGCACUGGGAACACGGGGCUGGGCGUGGGCGCGGGCCUGGCAUGGGCGCCUUUCUCAGGGAACCGCAAACGAGAGCCUGGCACGGAUGACACUGUGCUGGUAGAUGCCCAGGGCAGGCCUGCAGGCCGAUGGCAUCAUUUGGAGGCCCGGGGUAGACCUCGAGGCACGGAAUCCCAACACUGUUUGCCAGCCAAUGAGGAGUGCGAGGAUACUGGGGCAUCCAAGAGUGAAGAAGAGGAGGAGCCCACAGUGUUCCAUUCCAUUAUGAUGUAUGACAACUUCACUCUAGUGCACCUGCGGGACACGGAGGGCAAUCUGUCAGUGUGCCAAGGCUCCCUCUGCUGCCACCUGUUGUACUGGAGAUCAACUGCACCCAGCACAGAGCUCUACGCUCUGGGAGCCUUCCAGGGCCUUCACGUGGUCCACGGGACCUACUAUCUGGAGGUGUGUGCCCUGGUGAAGUGUACCGGCUCAGACUUUGCCAGCUGUGGCGGAGAGACGGAACAGGCUCAGACGCGGAUAGACUUCCGACUGGAGGGCAACUUUAGCACUCGCCAUGUCUUUCCUGGAAUACUGGGAAGUGGGAUGGAAUUAGACAUCCCUGACGAGUACGGGAAGAGCUUGGAUGACUCGCUUUACAUGAGCAGGUCAGGAAUGACCAGCGGGUUGGUGACAGCUACCCUCUACAGCAGGGUCUAUGACAAAGACAAUGCUUAAAGGGGUAUGCCACUAUUUUGGGGCUUAAUGUAGUUUGUUGGCCAGGGUUUAUAAAGGUGGUAAACUGUCUUAUUUUUCAUGUUAGGCCUUGACUUGCUUUAAGACCAGUUAAAAGGAGUAUGUAGCCAAGCUUAGCUAGUGAAAAUCAGUGGAUCAGUGUAGCAUGUGUGAUCCAUUGACACACACUCGCUUAGAUACUUACUCCCUCCUUAAAACAAGACAUAGUGGCAUACCCCUUUAAGAAUUAAAUAGUUCCGUCGAGUUUCCAUUGAACUUUCAUUUAAUUCUGAAUUGUGAAGUAUUUACAUUAUGUUUUUCAAAGCGGAAUUGAGCUUUAUUCAGAAUUAAAUUGGGUUCAUUCUGAAUUAAAUGUCUCAUGUAAACGAGGCCAUUACCAAUGACCUUUGAAUUGCGCUUUUGCAAGAUGUUGACUAAAUCUACGAUCAUCAAUGGCGUCGAGCCUUGCACCACAAGCAACAGCAAAGUAUUUGUCAAAGGACUGAUAUUGAGAUCAAGCCAUAGUGUAGCUCUGAGCACAUGUUUACAAGACCUUGCAGGUGAAUACAGACAUUUCCAGAGGACAUGAUGUAAGGACCUUUGACUUGGCAUAAUGUAA